CGUCACUCGUUCGGUUCGGACUAUUUCGUCUCGUCUCCGCGGUUCGAUGCUGGACGAACGAAUCUGUUUAUUUCUAAUAUAUAGGUUGAACGUGAUCAGCAUUAUCCUUAAAGUGUUCGUUUAAGAUACAAGCAACCUCCAUUAAUGUUGCACCACCGGUGGCAAGGAUACGUCCCGAAGGAAAUCCCAACGCACUUGACCGUGUCUGUGAUCGUUUGAAAACACAAAACAAGAAAAUCUCUCCCGGGUGACGCUUCUCCUGCAGGAUCAGUUUCCCGGGCCGGUUUCUCAGUGGAGUUUGUCGUCAAAAGCAACUUACAUAGGUCUUUAGACCGUCGCGUUUCUGGUGAUCGCCACAGGAAACGCUAGCAAGGAAUCCUGGACACCGAAAUGAUGAAAAUGGAUACGGAUAAAAUCAUGGACGAUGGGAUCAGCAACUCACAGUACACCACCCAGAUACUGUACGAUCCGGCGCGGAAGAAAGAACCGUCACCGGCGUUCCAGACCGAGCUCGACACCUGUCUGACGUUGUUCACCAAAUGGAACGAGGCCAACCAGGUGGAGUUCGUCGAGCAGCUUCUCUCCCGCAUGUGCCAUUACCAGCACGGACACAUCAACGCUUACCUGAAACCGAUGCUCCAGCGGGACUUCAUCACACUGCUACCCACAAAAGGAUUGGAUCACGUGGCGGAAAACAUUCUCUCCUAUCUGGACGCAAAGUCGCUGUGCCGGGCGGAACGCGUCUGCAAGGAAUGGUCCCGCGUCAUCUCCGAGGGCAUGCUGUGGAAGAAGUUGAUCGAACGAAACGUCCGCACCGAUACCCUCUGGCGGGGGUUAGCAGAUCGCAAAGGAUGGAUCAAAUAUCUCUUCAUCCCACGACCGGGCGUGACGCUGCGGCAGCACAAAUUCUACCGCGAGCUCUUCCCGAAGAUCAUGAAGGACAUCGAAGCGAUCGAGAACAACUGGCGCACGGGCAAUCACAAUCUUCAGCGGAUAAACUGCCGGUCAGAGAAUUCGAAGGGCGUCUACUGUCUGCAGUACGACGACGACAAGAUUGUGUCCGGCCUGCGGGACAACACCAUCAAGAUCUGGAACCGCUCAUCGCUUCAGUGUUGCAUGAUCCUCACGGGACACACCGGAUCGGUGCUGUGCCUGCAGUACGACGAUAAGGUCAUCAUCAGCGGGUCCAGCGAUUCGACGGUGCGCGUGUGGGACGUCAAGACAGGCGAAAUGGUCAACACACUGAUACAUCACUGCGAGGCGGUAUUACAUCUACGCUUCAACAACGGCAUGAUGGUGACCUGUUCAAAGGACCGCUCAAUUGCCGUAUGGGACAUGGUGUCGCCGACGGAGAUCGGCCUAAGGCGCGUCCUGGUCGGGCACCGGGCGGCAGUCAACGUGGUCGACUUUGACGAAAAGUACAUCGUGUCGGCGUCCGGCGAUCGCACGAUUAAGGUGUGGAACUCGACGACCUGCGAGUUUCUGCGCACGCUGAACGGCCACAAACGGGGCAUCGCUUGCCUACAGUACCGCGACCGGCUGGUGGUUAGUGGCAGCUCCGACAAUUCGAUAAGACUGUGGGACAUCGAGUGCGGGACCUGCCUGCGAAUUCUCGAGGGCCACGAGGAGCUCGUUCGCUGCAUCCGGUUCGAUUCGAAGCGCAUCGUCAGCGGGGCGUACGAUGGCAAAAUCAAAGUAUGGGAUCUCCAAGCUGCCUUAGACAUUCGAGCACAGACUAACACGCUGUGCUUGAAAACGUUGGUGGAACAUACCGGUCGCGUAUUCCGGUUGCAAUUCGAUGAAUUCCAGAUCGUGAGCAGUUCGCACGAUGACACGAUUCUGAUAUGGGACUUCCUCAACUGCUCGCCCAAGGAGGAGCCGUCGGUGGUGGUGCCCAAUACCAGCAUGAUGAACCUUCACAACAACAGCGGAAGCAGUAGCGGCAGUGGCUCCAGUGUGGGUGCCGUUGGCGGCGGUCUCGGGGGAGCUGGCGGUGGUGCCCUCGGUCCGAAUGGGGGCGCUGAAGGUGGUGGUGGCAACGGUAGCAACAACCAGAACAACGGUGUCAACCAUCUGCUACACAACAAUAGGACGAACAACCAGAACGACGAACUGAGCGACUAAAAGAGGAAAGGUCCCCUCCCAUCCUUACCUUUUUCCACUUCUGUCAGCGAGAAAGCGGCGGGGGGGUGAAAGAAAGACGGAAAACACUCCUGCUUGGCCGAGAGGAAUCGCGUGAAUGUAUCAUCAUCAUCAUCACUUUCCAUCAAAAGCCCCAUCCUGUUCCAAUCUCUCUGACGCCGUGUACCUCCUCCGUUGCGUUCCGUUCCGUUUCCCUUCUGGUUCUCCGGUGAACGCUGGCUCCCCGGACUGGGGGGGUACUUUGGUUCCCUUUUUUCAUAACAGGAGACUCCCAAGACCAUUGGCGCCACUUAUUGUAAAAAAACAACGUUUCUCAAAAUUAAAUCUUACGAAUUGCUUGGGACAUUCAUGUUGUUUUUCUUUUUUCGCAACACAUUUUUUUAUAUGUUACUUCUAUAACAAUUUCUGGAGCGGUACAGUUUUUAACGGGAUUGUAAACAACAGAAAGGCACGGAGUAGGAGAAAGUUAAAAACACGAACAUAUACAUAAAUACCACCCCCCCGGAAAAAAAACUCAGAACUGAUUCAGACUAAACGGAGCAAAAGUGUAGCAAGAUGCAGCGAUGAUAAUAAAGGAAUAAUUAUAACACACACAAACACAAACCUUCCUGUUGCAGAGCAAUUUAAAGGCACAUUCAAAGGUGUACGCGGGAGAGGCUGAGAUGACAAGCUAAUCAUCGGGCGGAGCCGGUCGAUCCUGGGGAACCCGGGAUCCGGCAUGAUGAUAGGACGAAUUUAUCAGUUCACCUUCCACCAACUCGAUUCUUUUUGGAUUUUUGUUUUUUUGACCUUUAGGAUUGUGAUUUUAUUAAACUAUUUGUAAAAACAUGUUCUAUUCCAAAUCAAGUAGGCAUUCGUGCUUUCGAACGCUUCGUUCCUUAGCAACACCGAUGCCUCGAUGACGAUGUCAACUCAAAAUCGAGAAACCGUUGAUGGGUCGAUUCUCACCUACAAUUUAUGGAAUCGAUUGAAAAACCCCUUAGCAGCAACUAAUAACCGAACGUGUUCAUUAGAUGAGAUGGUUCGCAAGGAAAGCCGAGGACGUUGGCGAGGCGCCGCACGUUGUUUGUGUCUUCUUUCGUGGCAAUUUUGGCAGAAAGUAAGCAACAAUCCGUGUACGUGUCGAGAGUGAAUGAAAUUGACGAACAAUUUAACAGUUUUUAAAGCUGUCCAACCCGCUGUCUUUUCCUGAUAAAUGGAUCGUCAAUGGAAGAUAUAGUUAGUUAACAUUAACAAAAUGAUAAAUACAAGGAUAUGGUAACAGAUUCCUCGUAGUGAAAGCGUAUAAAAAUAUGCAAUAAAGGCAACAUUGAGGAAGGAAAUGCUUUAUGGUCUCAACAAACAAUUGAAGCUCUUAUGUUUUUUUUUACUCUCUUAUUCUAAUUUUGCUUACACUGCAUAAACUUCUCCAACAAGUCUCAAAAGGAAAAAAAAUAAAAAGAUAAACCUAGGAUCAUAGAGUAACUAUUUAAAUUAAAAAAUAAACAAAAACAAAACAAGAAAUACAUUGGCUGUUCGGCGAGGAUUCAAGUAAAGGAAAGAGUAUCUCUAGAAGAAAAUUAACCGAGGCGGGAGCCACACUGGUUGGAUAUUGUUAUGGAUAGAGUUUCACCCAAUAAAAAACUGGAGCAAAACGGAAAAGAAUCGAAUUCCAAACAGGGGCGGACGGCGGAAGUAGUGUUUUUCGACUGUUAUUGUAGUGAACACGAAUAUUAUUAUUGUAUGAUGAUUUUCUUACUCUGUUUUUAGCACGAUUUACUAUUAUGAUUAUGAUUACGAAUGGGGGCUGCUGGUACUGUAUCCGGAAGGCUGGGACGGACACACAUAUUGCCACACAUACACAAGAAAUGCUUCUACGAAAAUAGCCAAUCUAGAGGAUGGAAGCAAAAUACAUGUGUGAAUCGAGCGGGCAAAGGAAAAAACAAAAUAAUUUAAACAGAAAAUCUCUAAAACACAACAUCGACAACAGGGGAAAACAUGAAAUCUAGAUAAAAACCAUUCCGCUACACAAGUCAAAUGCCGGGAAACGAUGGAACGAAAACCCACAAAAUUCCUCCCAAAACUAAAGAAAGGAAGGAAAAGUUAUGCGCAUAAUACCGCAGCGUAAGCGAUUGACGGCAGCAUUUUAACAAGAACAAAGAGGAAAACGAUAUAAAUAGUUCAAUGAAUCGACAGAAGGGUUGAAGACAAAAACGGGGGCAACAACAUUUAAAACCAACAGCCUAAAGUAUCUUGAACAAACGCCCUUCUCCCCUGCAAGAAGAAACACACACACAGUUAAUGAAAAAUUAUUACGAAAUAUGGAAACGAUAAUGGUAACCAGAGCGUGAUCCGGAAAUACCUGUUCUUGUGUAGAGAGUAGUUCCCGACGAAGGAUACAUUUCUGCAGUUAUGGAAGAAGAGGUGAUAAGAGUGUAACAAGUGUAGGUAUAGUAGUGGAGCAGUUAAGUGGAACAAAAGAGAGUAGCACUAAAAGAAUAGACCGAAAGGGAGAAUUGUGAAGAAAUUUGCAUUACAAACAAAAAAACAAGAUAAGGGAAAAAAGGGAGACAAAUAAUAAACAAUAGA